AUGACGCAUGACCUCCUCAAACAGCACUGGUCCAGGUACAUCGGACCCGAAUCUCCAGAUCCUCAUACAUACAAGUACAACCCUCAGUCUGGACCUGUAUUCUCGUCGCCAUUCGGCCCCCUGCCACCUAGACCGGACGAUCUCAAUAUCCACGAGCUCUGCUUCCCACCGGGCAAUCCCUUGCCGGAAGACUACCCCCUCUUCAUCAAUGCCGUCACAGAGGAAUUCGUCACACUCCACAGCUUCUUCGCUCGCGUCUGCGCAUUAUCCCUUGUGUUCCGGCAGGAUGGACCGAAUCCACUCGGGCUAGGUAGAAGUCCCGUUGACGACAAGCAAGACGGCGAAAUCAUGGCGUUAUUCUCGCAAAACCACAUCCACUACCCCAUGGUUGUGCACGCGUGUUUCCGCUCCGAACUCGUUUUUGGCGCGAUCAGCCCAGGGAGCACGCCAUACGAGCUAUGGUGGGUGCUGCGGAAGAUGCAAAUCACAAGUCUCAUGUGCCACGAGACAUUGCUUCCCGUGCUGAGUGAAGCCCUCAAGCUGGGGUCCGGCGAGAGCGACAAUCUGCCUUUGAAACUUAAACUAGAUGCUCGAAAGAUCAUUGUGCUGAGCGACAAUCCACAGCUAGACGCCGUAUCUGGACACCGCACCGUCGAGUCGCUCGUAAGACAAGGCAUGCAGCUGGCAGAGCGCCCACGCAGACUCCACGGCGGCCACCGUCUAGCAUGUCUAUUCCAGUCGUCCGGUACGUCUGGGCUGCCCAAAGCCAUGAUGAUAACGCACUAUAACAGCGUGAGCUCCAGCCUGCAAGCCCCCAUCUGCAACGUGCAAGCCGCGCGAUUCGCCGGCACCACGCCACUGAGUGCGCCGAUAACAACGCUGGGCAUGCUGCCCAUGUACCAUUCCUACGGCAUGGUAACAAGCAUUCUACGUAUCAACCACUUCAGAAACACUCAUAUCCUCCUCCCAAAAUGGGACGUCCAGCUGGCUCUACACGCAAUCCAGAAAUACAAAAUCACUACGCUGCCCCUCGUGCCUCCUCUAGUCCGCCACCUCGCACUCUCCCCUUUGCUCGAUACCUACGACGUAAGCUCCGUCGUCUCUGCGUCCAGCGGCGCUGCACAUCUCCCGCCAGACGUGGCAGCCCAGCUCGCCAAGCGGCUGCCGCGCUACGGCGCAGCCCUGAUUCCCAGCGGCUACGGGCUCAGCGAAGCCGCGAGCAUCGCGGCGCCAACCGCCCCGGGGCUUUUUGGGCUUCCGCCCGCGGGCCCGGGUACGAUUGGCUACCUGUUCCCGGGGAUCUCAGCGCGGAUUGUGGAUCCCACUACGCUGAGCGAUGUGGGUGUAGGCGAGCCCGGCGAGUUCUGGGUUGCAGGGCCCGUCGUCACGCCAGGAUACUUUCGAGAUGCCCGCGCAACAGCCGACUUAUUUGCGGAGCCCGGAUGGCUUCGUACGGGCGAUCUAGUCCGGCGAGACGAGCAUGAUCGGAUUUACUUUGUGGAUCGCCUCAAGGAAAUGAUCAAGGUGAAGGGCUUGCAGGUUGCGGCGACCGAGGUCGAGGAUACGCUGCUGCAGCAUCCCGAGGGGCUUGUCCGCGAUGCCUGUGUUGCGGGUGUGGAUAACGGGCGGGGCGAUGGCUCGUCGUUCGUUAGAGCGUGGGUUGUGCUUACGGAGGGAGGAGAGAAACUGGGGGAGGAGGUGGUGGCGGCGAAGUUGGAUGUGUGGGUGAAGCAGAGGUUGAGUAGACACAAGUGGUUGACUGGGGGUGUUGAGGCGGUUGAUUCGAUACCCAGAAAUCCCGCUGGUAAAAUGUUAAGACGCGAAAUGAGAGAUCGAUAUCAUGCUCGUAUGAAGCGGAGUGGUAGCGCCAAGCUAUAA